UUUGCCCUCACGCUCACUCUCUAUAUGGACACUUGCAAGGCCCCUCAGUCUCUCCUAAUUCUCCAUUCGAGUCUUGCAGCGUUCCACUGAGAAGCUCAACAGGUUCCUCCCAUGGCUUUCCUUGUCCCUCAAAAGCCUCCCUCCUCCUCCUCCUCCUCGCCUUCGCCUUCUUUUGGUGACGAGAACCAGGGUGGAAACCCCGUCACCAGUUGCCUCUACCUCAAGCCGGACGCAGAGCGGCGGUCUCUCGACCGGGCGGUCGUACUCCGACGGAUCCGCUACCGGAAGCGCGUCAACCAGUUCCGGGCUGCUCUCGUGUCCUUCCUCAAGCCGAAGAUUGCCGUGGAGAAGGAUGGAGAUCCCGAUGCAUGGCUCCAUGAUGCCUUCUCCUCCCCUUGAUGAUCCCACGUCUGCUCGCCGGUGAGAGUAGCUCGAGAGGAGAAGCAGCCGCCUUUGUCGUGUACAUGAGUUUGUCCGCCGUGGAAACAAUGAGAUCGAUAGCUGUGCUACUUAUUUCUCAUACCCACUCCAUGCCAUGCCCUAUCGCGUUCAGAUUAAUCUGCCAUGCAAUUCUACAGAUGCAUCACAAAUUAUCAUGUCGCUUCUCGGUCCAACACUAAUAAAAGAAUUCGUCGAGAUCUACAAUGCAUCGAUCGGUAUUUGGUAUAUGUGAUCUCAGAUGUAAAUGUGGAUAAGCUCUCACGGUUUGUUUAUUGCUAAUAUGUUUGAGAGA